AGUACAUGUCUGCUAAGUGGUAACAGCACAUGUUGAGGCUUGGCUGGGCUGCUUGUAUUCCUGGCUGAAUAGCAAUGUAUUUUUGGCAAGUCACUUGCUUAGAUCUGCAGUGUACAGAACACAAGCUCAGGGGAUGAUCGCUCUGACAGGCUGUGUUUGCAGGAUUCUAGGAUCCUUGCUCUUAGUCUACAUGGGAAUACUGUCAGGAGAGAACUGGAGGGGCCAGCUUCAUUAGAGGUCCCUGAAGCAGCUUUCAAAGAUAAUAUAAGAUGACACGUGAGGAGGAAUUACCAGACUGGCAGACUUCUCAAGAGUUUUAUGAAAAAUAUGAGCCCAAAGAGAUCUUGGGGAGAGGAGUUAGCAGUGUGGUUCGGCGAUGCGUCUUUAAGCCGUCCAGAGAGGAUUUUGCUGUAAAGAUUAUAGACAUCACUGGAGACCACUUGACGCAGCAAGAAAUUGAAGAACUCCGAGAUGCUACUAUUAAGGAAAUUGAAAUCCUGAGAAAAGUUUCAGGGCACUCUAAUGUCAUCCAGCUGAAAGACAGCUUUGAAUCCAACACAUUCUUCUUUCUGGUAUUUGACCUAAUGAAGAGAGGUGAACUAUUUGACUACCUCACAGAACAAGUUACAUUGAGUGAGAAGGAAACAAGAAAAAUAAUGAGGGCCUUAUUGGAAGUUGUCUCAUACCUGCAUUCCCAGAACAUUGUUCACAGAGACCUCAAACCCGAGAACAUCCUCCUAGAUGACAACAUGAACAUCAAGCUGACAGACUUUGGCUUCUCUUGUCAAAUACCUGAAGGACAGCAACUGAAAGAAAUUUGUGGCACGCCUGGAUAUUUGGCACCAGAAAUCCUUCAGUGCUCUAUGGAUGAGUACCACCCAGGAUAUGAUAAACAGGUGGACAUGUGGAGUAGUGGCGUUAUAAUGUACACACUACUUGCUGGCUCUCCACCAUUUUGGCACAGAAAACAAAUGCUAAUGCUACGAAUGAUUAUGAAUGGGGACUACCAGUUUGGAUCACCAGAAUGGGAUGAUCGGUCAGACACAGUUAAAGACCUGAUUGCCCGACUAUUAGUUGUGAAUCCAGAAAAACGUCUCACAGUAGAUGAAGCUCUAGCCCAUCCUUUCUUCCAGCAGUAUGCAGUUGAAGAGGUUCGCCAUUUUAGUCCGUACAGAAAAUUUAAGGUGGUCUGCCUAACAGUUUUGGCCUCUGUGCGGAUUUACCACCACUAUCGUAGAGUGAAACCUGUUACUAAGGAAAUCGUAGCAAGGGACCCAUAUGCAAUUAGACCCAUUCGGAAGAUGAUCGAUGCUUGUGCGUUCAGGAUCUACGGCCACUGGGUGAAGAAAGGAGAGCAGCAGAACCGAGCCGCACUCUUUGAAAAUACAGCAAAAGCCAUUCUCUUGUCACUGGCGGCAGAGACCAGUUCAGUAUAACAGUCUGCCUUUUGUCACGUAAACA